UUUUUCUCUGAGACAAGAUUCUAAGAGAUUCUUCUGGAAUCAACCGGAGACAGAGGAUUAAUCUGAAAAACUGCCCAGAAUGGCCACAGCCCGGGAACCUGAGGAACAAAAAGGACUUCUAAUGGUUAAGGCAGAAGACCAUUACUGCGGCCAGGACUCCGUCUCACGAAAGUACAGUCCUCACAGAAGGGAACUCUUCAGGCAGCACUUCAGGAAGCUCUGCUAUCAGGACGCACCUGGACCCCGUGAAGCUCUUACUCAGCUCAGGGAGCUUUGCCGCCAGUGGCUGAGGCCAGAAUACCACACCAAGGAGCAGAUUUUAGACCUGCUGGUGCUGGAACAGUUCCUGAGCAUCCUUCCUAGGGAACUGCAAGCAUGGGUGCAGGCGCACCAUCCAGAGACCGGAGAGGAGGCGGUGACUGUGCUGGAGGAUCUGGAGAGAGAGCUUGAUGAACCUCCAAAGCAGGACCCAGCCAAUUCAGAAAGACAGAUCAUACUUUUGGACAAGUUGGCCCCCUUGGGAAGGCCACAUGAGUCACUGACUGUCCAACUCCAUCCCAAGAAGACCCAGCAGGAGCAAGAAUCUGGGGAGCCCCAAAGGAAUGGUGAUAAAACCAGGACUAAGAAUGAAGAGUUGUCUCAAAAGGAAGAUAUGCCCAAAGACAUGGAAUUCCUUGGGAAGAUAAAUGACAGGCUCAACAAAGACAUUUCUCAGUACCCUGAAUCUGAAGAUGCUACUGAAAGUGAAGGCAGAUUAGAGUGGCAACAGAGGGAAAGAAGACGCUAUAAAUGUGAUGACUGUGGGAAAAGUUUCAGUCAUAGCUCAGACCUUAGUAAACACAGGAGAACUCACACUGGAGAGAAGCCUUAUAAAUGUGAUGAAUGUGGAAAAGCCUUCAUUCAACGCUCACAUCUCAUUGGACAUCAUAGAGUACACACUGGAGUGAAACCCUAUAAAUGCAAAGAAUGUGGGAAAGAUUUUAGUGGGCGCACAGGUCUUAUUCAGCAUCAGAGAAUCCACACAGGUGAAAAACCCUAUGAAUGUGAUGAGUGUGGGAGGCCGUUCCGAGUAAGUUCAGCCCUAAUUAGACAUCAAAGAAUUCAUACAGCAAAUAAGCUCUACUAAUAUGGUGGAAGUAAGUUCUUUAGACUCUCAGGCCUAAUUAGUUAUCAAUUUACCUUAGAGACCUUAUGAGUAUCCUGAAUGUAGGCAAAGCUUCAGUCAUCAUUAAAAACUUCUCUGGCACCAGAGAAUCUACCUGAAUAAAAUUUCCUUUUAUUUCU